AUGAAAGUUAAACUUUUAACUAGAAAUCCUGACGAAUACCUACGAGAGACUAAACGAGAUAUUCAUAAAAUUCCCAGAAACUAUGAUCCAUCUUUACAUCCAUUUGAAGCUGCACGAGAAUAUACGAGAGCAUUGAACGCUGUUAAACUAGACAAGAUAUUUGCCAAACCAUUUCUUAAAAAUUUAGAAGGCCAUAGGGAUUCCAUAUCCUGCAUAUGUAAACAUCCUUCUCAAUUGUCUGUUUUUUUAAGUGGUGCUUAUGACGGUGAAGUAAGAAUAUGGAAUCUUAUUUUGGGAAAGUCUACACGUUCGUUUCUGGCUCACGAUGGUGUGCUUCGUGGUAUUACUUAUAUACCAGAUGGGGAACAUUUUAUCACUAUUGGUGACGACAAAACUAUUAAAACAUGGAGUGCUGCUAAAGAAGAAGAUGAACCUUUGAAUACCAUUAUCAGUAAAACAGUACUUACUGGUAUAACUCACCAUCGAAAUAAGCCUAUAUUUGCCACUUGUGGAGAAAAGUGUCACAUUUGGGAGGAAACUCGUAAUGAGCCAGUUCGCACGUUUGAAUGGGGUGUAGAUAGUUUAUAUGAUGUGAAAUUUAAUCCCAUACAGAAUAAUCUCUUAGCUGCUUGUACAAGUGAACGAAGAAUAAUUUUAUACGACACUAGAGACGUGGGUCCACUGACAAGGAUAACAAUGAAAUUACGUAGUAACAAGCUUGCUUGGAAUCCCAUGGAAUCUAUGACCUUCACGUGUGCUAAUGAAGAUUACAAUUUAUACACCUAUGAUAUCCGGAAAUGGCAAACACCAGUUAAUGUACAUAUGGAUCACGUAGAAGCUGUGAUAGACGUUGAUUAUUCUCCAACUGGAAAAGAAUUCGUUUCGGGUAGUUACGACAAAUCGAUUCGUAUCUUUGAGGUUAACAAGGGCCACUCGCGAGAGGUAUAUCACACAAAGCGUAUGCAAAGGCUUACGUGUGUAGGAUGGUCACUUGAUAACAAGUACAUAAUUAGUGGCAGUGACGAAAUGAAUCUUCGUUUAUGGAAAGCUAAGGCAUCGGAAAAACUCGGUGUCAUUAAAAGCAGAGAGAAAUUAUCAUUGCGUUACAACGAAGCACUGAAGGAGAAAUACGCGGCUCAUCCACAGAUUCGACGAAUCGCACGUCACAGACAAGUACCAAAACAUGUGUACAACGCGCAAGCUGAAUUGCGAAAAAUACGUGAGAAAAAUAAACGCAAGGAGGCUAAUAGGCGUUAUCAUUCCAAAAAAGGAACCGUACCGUUUGUAUCGGAAAGAGAAGCGCACGUUGUUGACCAUGAUUAAAAUAUGUUCUCAUAUUGUUAUACAAUACUUAAUAUAAUGAAAAAAGUUAUUUUCUU